GGUUAGUUAAGCCUACUUUCGUGUCUGAAUUUCGUAACUAUUAAUCAAAGCACAAGUUGAGAGGUAGGCCAAGCUGGUUCAGUUGUAACUGUGAAUCAUGACUAUUGAAAUUCACAGUAAUAUUGAAAUGCCAUGCGUAAGUGAUGAACUGAAUUCUUCGUUCUCAGUUCCUAAUCGAACUGAUAGCAAUAACUCAGGAAGUGAAGGGUUUUUACUACCUUCAGUCCACAUUAACGACAUAGAUAUUGAAAGUUACGAUUCCAGCUCAUCGACAACCGGGAGCGGCAUUGAAGAAGACGGAGAAGCCGAAAAUGGUGAUUCUCUUGGUUAUUACAAGUAUUCGGAUAGUGACAAAGGAAAAGACUCUGGAAUAGAAUGCUCACCUAAUGUUGAAGAUUUUACAGAGCUUGAUAAAGAAGUGAUGGAAAAGAUUAUAAACCAAGUAGAGUUCUAUUUUUCGGACGUCAAUAUCCUGAAAGACCAUUUUCUGUUGAAGCAUGUACGUCGAAAUAAGCAGGGGUACGUAAGUUUGAAACUUGUUGCUUCUUUUCGAAAAGUGAAACGUUUUACUAAGAAUUGGAAAAUUGUAGCACAUAGUUUGAAACAUUCUACGAAACUAGAGAUAAAUAAAGACGGCACCAAAGUCCGCCGUAAAGAACCCUUACCUGACUAUGACGAAACAGCGCCAUCUAGAACCGUCAUAGCAUUUAAACUACCUUUCGAAAACCCAACAAUGGAAAAUAUUGGAGAAAUGUUUUCUAAAUGUGGUGAUAUUGCGCUUAUUAGAAUUAUUCGACCUGAUGGAGCUAUUCCAGCUGAUAUAAAAAAGUUUCUUCAUAAAUAUCCUGAAAUGAGUUCUAAUGUUUGUGCCAUGAUCGAAUUCGAGAACCAUGAGGGGGCUUUUCGUGCUGCAAAGACUUUUUUCUCUAGCCAUGAUAAUUGGCGAUCCAUACAAGUAAUUCCUGUUGUUCAAAAUACCUCAUCCAAGAGUAAUGCCAGUUAUGACACUAAAAAUAAAGGAAACGAAAUAAAGAGAAAGAAAAAAGAAAAGCGACAAGAUCGUGUAUCUCAGCUCCGAAAAAGUGAAUCUUCAACAUUCGGCAGUUGUUUAGAGAAUGAACAGUUCUCUUCAGGACCAAGGAGAAAUUCUAGUAGUUCUAUCAACUCAGGAUACCUCUCAACCUCGCCAAAAUACAGCCAAGAAUCAUCUUAUCGUCGCCACAGUUUCAGUUGUAACCAGAAAGCUUCCAAGAGUCCGACUAAUUCUCGAAAAAACAGUAAACCCAUAGUUCGGCAAAAAUCCAAUAGCUGUUGCGACAAUGACUCAUCUAACCAGAUGGUAGUUUUAAGUAACCCGUGGGUCCAACGACGGUUAUUGGCAGCCAGAGAAAAAGGGUGCACGUCUCCCACCCACAACUCUCGACUGUUGAUUCCUAAUGGCGUAAUAAGACUCCCCAAGGGUCCAGACGGUACGAAUGGCUUUAAUUGGAACCGCUUAAAACCUCGCGCUCAGUUUGUGUCGUCUACUUUGGUGACUGUAGGCAGUUAGGAAUAGAAACCUUAAAUGUUUUAAGAAAAGUCUUGUUACUUACAUCAUAACACUUUUUUGUUCACUUUCUUAUUGCAAGAUCUCUCAUUUCUAGUCUACAGGAAUGUUUUCUACGAGUUCUUUGUAUUAUAUUGUAAAUAAAUAUUUGUACAGUCACAUAGCAAGUAUUAUUUUGCUAAAAUGUGUAUUAUUGUCAGUGUUAUGUAUUU